CACGCUGUUGAGGAAACCUGCAGUUCACAGGCACAGUAGCUAUUUCCUCAUUGAGUUUGAAGAUACCAGAGAUGAAAAAACAAGAUACGGAAGAGUGUGCCAACCAGGCCAGUGAUGAUGCUCCACCUGCAGCAGGAGGGAUGGAGUCACCUGCAGCUGCUAAAGACAGCUUGGACAGUAACAGCCCCAAAGAGUCUGAACCACAGACGCCACAGACAGACACACCUCCACAGAGCAACAAGGCAGGAAGUGAUGUCGCAGAGGCAGCACGGUCUCAGUGUGACAUGGCUGAGGAACUGAGCCGGCAGCUGGAGGACAUCCUCAGCACCUACUGUCGAGAAAGCAUCUCAGACGAUGCCAGCACCCUGCCCAACGGCCAGUCACACAGCCCAGAGCUCAAUGGCCUGACCAGGGAGGAUGACAAACCAGAAGAGUUGAUGGAGCAAACAACGGGGGUGGAGAAGGAGCAGAAGAAGACUCAGGAGAAGAAGAAAGUGAAGGGUCUGGGCAAAGAGAUCACUCUUCUCAUGCAGACUCUGAACACAUUGAGCACCCCGGAGGAAAAGCUUGCAGGCCUCUGUAAGAAGUAUGCCGAACUGCUGGAAGAGCACCGCAACACCCAGAAGCAAAUGCGAGUGCUGCAGAAGAAGCAGAACCAGCUGGUCCAGGAGAAAGACAACCUGAGGAAUGAACACAGCAAGGCCAUCCUGGCCCGCAGCAAGCUGGAGAGUCUGUGCAGGGAGCUGCAGAGACACAACCGCACACUCAAGGAGGAAGGGAUGCAAAGAACGCGUCUGGAGGAGGAGAAAAGGAAGGAAGUGACCUCCCAUUUCCAGGUGACACUGAACGACAUCCAGGCUCAGAUGGAGCAGCACAACGAGAGGAACGCCAGUCUGCGACAAGAGAACACAGAGCUGGCUGAGAAACUGAAGAAGCUCUAUGAACAGUACAAACUACGAGAAGAGCACAUAGACAAAGUGGUGAAGCACAAAGACCUGCAGCAGCAGCUGGUGGACGCCAAGCUGCACCAGGCUCAGGAGCUGCUGAAGGAGUCGGAGGAACGCCACGACAGAGAGAAAGAAUUUCUGCUGAAAGAAGCAGUGGAGUCUCAGAGGAUGUGUGAGCUGAUGAAGCAGCAGGAAGUUCACCUCAAACAGCAGCUGUCACUCUACACAGAGAAGUUUGAGGAGUUUCAGACCACUUUGUCCAAGAGCAACGAGGUCUUCACCACCUUCAAACAGGAGAUGGAGAAGAUGACUAAAAAGAUCAAAAAGCUGGAAAAGGAGACGGCCAUGUAUCGGUCCAGGUGGGAGAGCAGCAACAAAGCUCUUUUGGAGAUGGCAGAGGAGAAAUCUGUGCGGGACCGUGAGUUUGAGGCUCUUCAGGGUAAAGUCCAGCGACUCGAGAAGCUGCGGCGGGCUCUAAAAGUCGAACGCAACGAGCUCAACAAGAAGGUUCAGAACCUCAGUGAUCCUCACAGCGGCACUGCAGGAGCCCCCACCUCCGACCCAGGGACCGAUUCCCCCUCUCCACCACCUACAGACUCUUUGCUGGAGACCAGCAGCCACCCAGCCCCAGACACCACCCCCUGCUCCCAGUCCUGCCACUGUGACGCAGAACUGGACACAGACGCCCUACUAGAGGGGGCGACGGCUCUGCCCAUCGCCGCACAGGAAUGAAACAAACGCUGCUCCCCGUCUCCUCUCUCCCCUCCAGCAUCACGCCUCCAAACAAAGAGCCACCAGCCUGCAAGCCAUCACUCCUCUGCUGGAUGAAGCGGACGUCCCACACUGUUCCAGAAGCAGAAGCAGAUCAGAUAGCAAGGUGAACUUGUGUCCUCCCAGCAUGCUCUGCAGGCUUUCAAAGGCGAUGGGAAGAUUGUGCCUCAUCUGUCGGUCCAUUUACAUGCACACCAUAACUCAGUUACUGUGAAUAACCCGGUUAAUUUAAUAGAUUGAUUAAAGGGUUCAUAAUAAUUUCCACAAUAAUCAGAUUUUCAUGAUUAUUUUUGUUUUGUUUUUCAAGUUAGUAGAUAAUUAAAUUUAUUAGUCUGAAAAUUACCCCAUUGGUGACACUCCAGAAAGCAUGCUACAGCUUCACAUGCUGCUGUUUGGAAACCUGGAUUUCAGUCCACAACCUCUCUGGCAUAUGCACUGAUUCAAAAUCCAGCUCUGUUACACCUGCUCCGACUUAAACCUUGACUUGACAAAGACGGCCCUGUUUACACGAUAGCUGCAACGAUCUGUGAUAAGGAUUAUUAGUGUGCAUGUAAAUGCACAGACUGCCUCUGUGUCGUGCUGCUUUACUACACAUUCCCUGUUUUGACUGGCAUCAAACACAGACCAGUUUGGCGAGAUCAAUAACAGUGCUGCUUGGGAUGACACAAGACAAACAGGUGUAUGGCAAGAGGAGUCAUCAGAGAUUGACUGAUUGUGUGUGUGUGUGUGUGUGUGUGUGUGUGUGUGUGUGU